GGAAGAGACAAAACGCGGGCAGCUUCCUGUGGUCUCAAAAAUGAACAAUGCGCAUAGUCGGAGGCAGAUAGCAUUCUGCAAACUCUUAGCCUUGAUCAUAAUGAAAUCGAUGGUGAAAAAUGUGUAAGUAGCGUGUAGUAUUGGAGGUUAAUGCACUCCCACCAUCGCCGGGCAGCAUCCUGGAAAAUACGUGGGUCAUUUCAUACUAAUUUUUUAGUAUACCGCCCGCCAUUGCCCCCCCCUCGAAAUACUUGUAAUUGUAAUUGUACUCAGUGGGAAUUCACUACUGCCUUCAUCUGAUUACCCAUCAUUCUUCACCCAGUUUGUAGUGGCCGUGACCUCGAGUAUGGUCUGUUGGUUUUUCGCACUGCACUAGUGCUUCGCAUCCCGGGAGCAGGCAAGCGCCACGACGGAUUUCUAGUAGUAGCCGAACCAGCUCCGGGCGCAGAAGGGUCCAGUCCGCCGCCACAGGAGGACGGCGAAGACAUCUCUGGAAAUGUGGGCGGCGCCCGUGCACACGCACGAGGAGAAGGCAAGAAGCAGACGAAAAGGUCAGGAAAGGCUGCGCCUGCCAAGAAGUCCUCGAAAGCGACUGGCGUUCGGAUAAAGUAGAACAUCAAGAGUUAAUAGCUGCUAUUUGUAGCGGCAUCUCGUUUUCAUUAUAUGAAUAUGAACCAACGAAGCGGAUAAUGCUAAUGAAGAUGACCUUCAGGUUCAGCUCCAGCGCAGAAGGAUGUCACGAGAAAUCAAUCUUUUAUUCUUUUCAACAGGUACAACUCAAUCUCAAUUAGCAAAAGAAAGUAUUGACCAAAUGAAAAUAUGCAUCCAUUUGUUCUUGCCCGAAAUUUUCAUAUUCAUGGAAUGAUGAGAUAACGUUUCGUACGUAGAAUGAUGUUUCUGCUUGCGGAUUUUGAUUUAUUUAGAGAAAGGCCGCUGGCGCAGAUCAAACAGAAGCAGGCUCGGCAGUAGGUUGACUUCAAUAUUUGCGAUCCCAAGAAAUCUAUAUUAAUAAUAAUUUGGUCCAUCAAGAAACUCUCGAAGGUCUAUUUGGUCCACGAAUGGGACGAGUGGCGCGGUCGAUCGCGGUCACGGAUUGCGCCCAUCCCCAUCCGUGCCAUUCGUGCCAUUCGGUCCAUGCCGUCCCAGAUCUGGAACCCUCAUCAACUGCGCUACUAUAUUGCCGCCAUCCUCGUCGGAAAAAUUCAAGUGCGCCCGUUUUUAGAGACAGAGAGGGAGACCCACGCCUACUUAGUCACAUCAACCUUCUGUGGCUCAGACUUUUCUCAUGGUCAAUUCCAAAACAAAGAGAAGCUUAUUUCAACGACCCAGAUUUAAUACACGACGCUCUCCUGGUGUGACGAUGUCCUGGUAAUAAGUUAUACAUAGGAUUCUACUUCUGGUCGGCAGUCGCCUGGUACGAAGUUAGAG